AUGGGUAAUGCAAUCAAGAAAGUGUUUCCAAACACCCGUCAUCGCUAUUGUGCAUGGCACAUUAAGAAGCAUGAAUUAGAACAUCUUCAACCACUUAUAACCCGUUAUAGUGAUUUCAAAGAAUCUUAUAGACAGUGGGUAAAGAGUGAUACAACCGAAGAAUUUGAAACCAAUUGGGAAGUUUUACGUGCUGACUCUCGAAGGGCUGCCGAAGAAGAUGAAGACUUUAAGACCAUGAACUCCAAUCCGAUCCUUUCUUCUGUUCAUCCGAUAGAAGCAAAAGCAGGCCAGUUUUAUACGAGAAAUUUUUUUGAGCAUAGCCUUUACGUGAUGAAGAAAAGACAUGUUGAAAAUCUUCCUGGUCACUAUAUUUUACCAAGGUGGACACUUAGUGCUAGGUAUAAGGUGGAUACUAACAGCAUUGGACUUGAAGAUGUGAAUUGUGAAAAUGGAGUUAGUGCCUUAACUUUAUGGUGUGUUCGUUCAAAUUGUGAUAAAGCAAUCGAACAAGCAAGUGACUCCCUUACAAAGAUAGAAAAAUUCAAUAGUUCCGUGAUAAAAUUUUUAGAAGAUCAAAAGAUUCGGAAAAAAGCCUAA